AUGGGUGCCUCAGCCAAAUGCCACCAUCAACAUGGUACUGCAACAGCCAGAGAUUUUGCAAAUGAACGAUGUUUCCUGUUGUGCAAGACUUCUGGCCUUGUGGAUGACCCAUUUCUGUCCCACUAUCUGUUUGCAGAGGAAGUGGUCCACACUAGCAGCCCCAGGUGGCAAUGGGAUCUAAUUCUGGAAUGGGAGAAACAUGGCACUUGUUCAGAGUCAGUCCUGAGGCUAAAUGUUCGUUUGCAUCUUCCCCUUUAUGUACCAUUGCUGAUAUUUUUUUGCAAGGAUUUAGAGGUCUUGGUUCUUUCGGGAUAUUCGAAAAACCGUACUUAUGAUGAAGGACAUCGCAGUUCAAUUGGAGAAAGACAAGCACUCGACAAGGUGAAGGAGCUUGAAGAUGCGGUUAUUGAGCCAACCAUUCUUCGAGAUCUUCCUAAAAAUCCUUUAAUACGCCAAUUUAAGGAAGUCUGUAUGGGUACGUUGCUUUGUUUUAGCAUGUAG